UGAGACUCAGUCCCAGAACAGGCUCAGAGUUGCCGGGAGGGGCGGGGUGGGGGGUGGGGGGGAACCCCAACUGCAAGCAGUUUGGAUGUACCUGGAGCUUCCCACUCACAGGGGCUCAGCGACCUCAAAUUUUUCAAACUGGAGCGAAGGCGGAGAGAUUCCAGGCCUCGGAAAACCAUGGCUGCUAAUAAAGGAAUGGCCAUAGGCAUCGACCUGGGCACCACCUACUCGUGCGUGGGCGUGUUCCAGCACGGCAAGGUGGAGAUCAUUGCCAACGACCAGGGCAACCGCACGACCCCCAGCUACGUGGCCUUCACCGACACCGAGCGGCUCAUCGGCGACGCGGCCAAGAACCAGGUGGCCAUGAACCCGCAGAACACUGUGUUCGAUGCCAAACGUCUGAUAGGCAGGAAGUUUAAUGAUCCUGUGGUGCAGUCGGACAUGAAGCUUUGGCCAUUUCAAGUGAUCAACGAAGGGGGCAAGCCCAAGGUGCUGGUGUCCUACAAAGGGGAGAAGAAGGCCUUCUACCCCGAGGAGAUCUCGUCGAUGGUGCUGACCAAGAUGAAGGAGACUGCAGAGGCUUUCCUGGGCCACAAUGUCACCAAUGCUGUCAUCACGGUGCCCGCCUAUUUCAACGACUCGCAGCGGCAGGCCACCAAGGAUGCGGGAGUGAUCGCCGGACUCAAUGUGCUGAGAAUCAUCAACGAGCCCACAGCCGCUGCUAUUGCCUAUGGCUUGGAUAAAGGAAGUCAUGGAGAGCGGCAUGUGCUCAUCUUCGACCUGGGGGGCGGCACGUUCGACGUGUCCAUCCUGACGAUCGACGAUGGCAUCUUCGAGGUGAAGGCCACAGCGGGCGACACGCACCUAGGCGGGGAGGACUUCGACAACCGUCUGGUGAGCCACUUCGUGGAGGAGUUCAAGAGGAAGCACAAGAAGGACAUUAGCCAGAACAAGCGCGCCGUGCGGCGGCUGCGCACGGCCUGCGAGCGCGCCAAGAGGACCCUGUCGUCCAGCACGCAGGCCAACCUGGAGAUCGACUCUCUGUUCGAGGGCAUUGACUUCUACACGUCCAUCACCAGAGCACGGUUUGAAGAGUUGUGCGCAGAUCUCUUUAGAGGCACCCUGGAGCCUGUGGAGAAGUCUCUUCGGGACGCCAAGAUGGACAAGGCUAAAAUCCAUGACAUUGUUCUCGUGGGCGGCUCGACGCGCAUCCCCAAGGUGCAGAAGCUACUUCAAGACUACUUUAAUGGACGAGAUCUCAACAAAAGUAUCAAUCCCGAUGAGGCGGUGGCCUACGGAGCUGCAGUCCAGGCAGCUAUUUUAAUGGGUGACAAAUCUGAAAAAGUACAAGAUUUGCUUUUGUUGGACGUGGCGCCGCUGUCGCUGGGCCUGGAGACAGCGGGCGGCGUGAUGACGGCGCUCAUCAAGCGCAACUCCACCAUCCCCACCAAGCAGACGCAGACCUUCACCACCUACUCGGACAACCAGCCCGGGGUGCUGAUCCAGGUGUACGAGGGCGAGAGGGCCAUGACGCGCGACAACAACCUGCUGGGGCGCUUCGACCUGACUGGAAUACCUCCUGCACCUAGGGGCGUGCCCCAGAUCGAGGUGACCUUCGACAUCGACGCCAACGGCAUCCUGAACGUCACCGCCAUGGACAAGAGCACGGGCAAGGCCAACAAGAUCACCAUCACCAACGACAAGGGCCGGCUGAGCAAGGAGGAGAUUGAGCGCAUGGUGCAGGAGGCCGAGAAAUACAAAGCUGAGGAUGAGGGCCAGAGGGAGAAAAUUGCUGCCAAAAACGCUCUAGAAUCCUACGCCUUUAACAUGAAGAGCGCCGUGAGUGACGAGGGUCUGAAGGACAAGAUAAGCGAGUCCGAUAAGAAGAAAAUUCUGGAUAAAUGCAACGAGGUCCUUUCCUGGCUGGAAGCCAACCAGCUAGCGGAGAAGGAGGAGCUCGAUCACAAGAGAAAAGAACUGGAGAACAUGUGUAACCCCAUCAUCACCAAACUCUACCAGGGAGGGUGCACCGGGCCCACCUGCGCGCCGGGGUACACGCCGGGCAGAGCCGCCACCGGCCCCACCAUCGAGGAAGUAGAUUAGCCGUUUCUGGGGACUCCAGAGUGCAAGGGCGCCUCCAGAUGAAGUUUAUUCAUCUCCCAACAUCACCGUGAUUCCUGAGCUGACUGGACUCCCGCAUAAGUCACUAUCCUUUGGGACGCUGAAGGAGAAGUCUGUAUUCCAUCUUCUCAUGCCCCACCCUCUCGGCGACGAUCCUGAAAUGGACCUUUAGGAGAACAAGGCCCCUCUUUGAACCAUUUGAAGAAUUUGGAUGUCUGUUAUUUAUCAGCCACAUCCCACCUUUCUCCUUCCUGUGUGGAUGGUUAUUUGUCUCUCAGUAAAUUGAUCCCAAAGGAAGUAACUUCUGACUUUCUUUACUCAUUUAGCCAUGGCCUUACUGUGUAUGUCUAGUGUACUUGACAUUCAGUAUGGAGGACAACUUGGUCCUUUACUUGCAGCAAACCUCCUGUCUCUGCCACCUGGGUUCUGAGAUUACAGGCAUGCACCAUGCCCAGAUGUUGCUUUUUGGAGGAAGGGUUUCUUCUAGCCCAGGUCAGCCUCAAACUCUAUUUGGAAGUGCUCAUCCCCCAACUAGCUUAUUUCCUGUUAUCUUUCCGCUACCAACGCCCUUCAAAAAGGAAGCAAGGGAGCUCACAGAGGACGUGAGCUUUCUGCUUGUGAGUGUUGGUUUGUUGUGAAUGAUUAACCUCCUAUGGGCAAAGUACUUGGAUUUGUGUGAGUUCAGCGUUUCCAACAAAAUUACUUUGCCUUUUUUGUUUUUGUUUUGAGACAGACAGGGUCUUAUGUAUCCUAGAUCUGCUUUGAACUCCUGUUCACGCUGCCCCCACCUGCCUGAUGUCUGGAAUUGCAGAAUAUCACUCCUGCCAAGAGAAGUAUUUUCUCAUUUUCCGGCACCCUGGGCCCACAUAAAGCCAUGGCUAACUGUGAUGACCGCUUCUAAUCAAUGACAGGCUAAUUUGGGUUCAGGUAUGGAGGAUUCUGCUGAACUUGGUAACAGAUCCAGCCAGAUUGCUAUUCUGACGGAUCCAGAUCUGAACACAGUGAUGUGCACCUGUAAUCUCAGCACUGGGAAUCAGAGUGAGAAGCAUCCUUGGGUCUUGUAGGCAAGUCAGUCUAGCUGAAUGCAUCAGUCAGCUCCAGGAUCAAUGACA